UACCGACCGGCUAUCUCAGAAGGCGGUAGGUACCGCAGAGAGGUCUUAAAAUAGGAACAUGUGGCUACGAGGCCUCUCUCUGCUUUACUAGCUAGCAGCAUCAAACUAAACUUUAGCCCUGUGCUUGCCGGCGGUUGGAUUGGGCUAACUUCCAACGCACAGUACACAGCUUCUCCACGGCCUACAACUGAGACGAUGUGAUGACGGCGUCCGGGCAGUAUUAAAACUUUGUAGAGGCGAGCUGAGGAACAUUCUUCAGACUUCUGUGUGCCUUCGGCCCACACAGGUGGCGUGUGUUAUGUGCAUUUUGUAUGUUGUUUGUGGUGACAAUGCUCGUUCAAGUGGUUUAUGCGAUAUAAACAUACUCGAUGUUUUGGAAUUCCUUCAUCGUGAACUGUUCUGAGCAGAAUUUAGAUAUUGUAAACAUAUUUGCGAAGGAUUUCAUGUGUUAUUUGAUUUGAAAUUUAUGACAAUCUAAUUUUAUUGUAAGAAUUUGUUGAUGCUGACAGUUUAUUAACAGAAUGUGUUCUUCAAAUUUUGGAACUCGUUGAUGUAGACUGAAACAAUAAUUUUGAAAUUAAGUUCAGACAGAUAUUUAAAUAGGCUGAAAACUUGAUUUGAAUAUGGAUAUGUGUGAAGUAUUUUGGUGCAUUGAAGCCCUCCCACGUGGAAUAGUGAUGUGAGAUGCAAGAAGGUCCCUGAGGCGGUUAAUGACUGUGUGGAAAUGUCUUCGCAUAGGAGCUACGUGCCGUGGAACAAGAGUGGCCUAAGUUCCUCGUACAGCGGCAGCAGCAGCUAUGGAAGUGCCCGGAAGCCUGACAAUGCCUUCUCAUCGUCUACCUCGCAGUACGAUGGUGGCGGCAGUGGCUAUGGACGUCGGCUCAGCGCUGGAGGAGACACUUCCAGCACGGGAAAAAGUAGCCACUUAUCUGCAUCCAGUUACCGGCUGCCUUACCAAAGCUCCAGCUACAAUAGGGGCUCGACAAGCAGUUACCUGAACGCCGCAAAGAACAGUGACUCGAGGUCCGCCGCGACGGAGAAGAGAGACGGCAAAGAGAGCGAGCGACUGUCGCUCCGAGACAGAUACUCUUCCGGUACGUAUCCGGGCAGGACGAGGGAUAAGGACGACGGAGACGCGGGGAGUGUUCACCGUGUUCUGGGGAGGAGCAUCAGUAUCAAGUCGAGCAGGGACACCAGCCCCGAAACGACGCCUUCCUCAGCAGACGUGGGAGUGAAAGCGGAUCGCGUGGGAUACAGUAGUAGUUCCUUGUCUCCAUACCGCCUUUAUAGUCGGGGUACAUACAGUCGAUCCACAAGCAGAGAUUCCGCCCCCGACGCGGCUUCCUCGACGGCAUCAACAUCUGCUUCAACUCCUGUCUACACGCCAUCAUCGCUCAGGUUUGGAAGUUCCUCCAGGUUCGGUUCAAACAUCACCCGAAGCCCUGUCAGUGAAAAGCCGCCUACAGUCUUCGGACUCUCUACUCUGGGUUACAGUGGUAGGUCUAUUAGUAGGCACAAUUCCCAGCAGGAUACGGAGGAAUCUUCUUCUGCCUGUACACCAACUGCUGAAGCUGUUGAUAAUUGCAAGAUUGCAGUGGAGUUGGAAGGCAAACACAGCAGUAAAAAUACAGACGAGGAAGAAGUAACCCAGACCACAUUUAUUACUGUUGUAACACGAGGAACGUCGCCAACACCUCCGUCUACGUCGUCGUACGUGAGAACCAGACGUUCAGAUUUGGCUAGAGUUAUAGAAAAGACAAUAGAAAAGCCAAAAACAAGGCCUGAAAUGUUGGACAAAGAGAUUCAGUCAGACCGCGUGGAUGAUACAGCAAGAUUGUCCCGUUACGGGGUCUCUUCAAGGUGGUCGACGUACCUGGACAGGUACCCCAGUGCGGCCAGCAGCUACUCUCCUGUCUCUAGGUACACAUCUCGGUAUGGCUACUUGUCUUCAAGAAGCGACGACAAGGAAGCAGCUGCGAAGUCUUUAGCUACCCAAGAGUCCUCGACAAGUCAAACUCCUGAAAGCAAUACCACUGCAAUAAUUGCAAAUAAAGAUGUUACCAAAGACAUGGCAUUACCCAGUCAGAAACUUCAAUCUAGUCCUCUAGGUUCCUCUGAAAGGAACGUAGGCAGUGGUAUCACCAGCACACAGAAGUCGGAAAGUGAUAAACCAAUAGUUGUAGAGAGUAACGGGAUGCCUGAUGGUGUAUCAACUGUAGGUCACCGUAAUCACAAAGACACAAAAGCAAAGGCCGUUUGUAAAGAAGAUGAGACGAAAUCAACACAAUCGCUUUCAAAAAAUUAUGGAUCGAUGAAUGGACCAGAAGGUGCCAAUUUGACUCAAGUCCAAUCAGUCAUGAAUGCGAGUGCUAAAUGUCCAGGACAAAGUACAGGCACCACUCCUUCGUCUUCAGCGUCUAUUCUGACUGUGGGAGCAUCAGUAGGAACUCCAUCCAUUGUUUCAGAUAAUGCAAAGGAGAGAGGUUUAGGUUUGGUUCGAGCAAAAUCUGUUAAAGAUACUGCCACAAAACCUCCUCCUGCAACUAGCACCCUUCAGCGAGGUGACGUAUUCACAGAUGCAACAUCAGCCACCCUUUCUUCAGAUGACUUACCUGAUAAGUCAUCUUUAUUUGAAGAAAAUAAAAGUGCAUCCGAUGCAAGUGCGAGAUGUUCAGAUUUAACUCGAGUAAAGUCUUUAAAGAAUAUGACUGGAAAACUCCCAAGCCAGUUGAACAGUGAGACUUCAGUUGGAAUGAAAUCAAAGUCUUUGUCACCUGCAUCCCUUCUGUCAGAAGAAAUGUUGGUAAAAAAAUCUUUAACUGAAGGACCGAGCUCUAAAGCAUAUUCUACUGGGAGAAUAGAAGGUUUUGGUUUAGCUCGAACGAAAUCACUCAAGAAUGAGAGUUUGAAACCUCUUGCAACUGGUGCAGAAAUUGUAGGCAGUGUAAAGUCGAAAUCUGCAUCAUCCAUAUCUCUCUCCUCUGAAGGAUCGGCUCAUAAAACAUCGUCGAAUGAAGGAAUCUUUUUAAAACCAUCGUGUGAAACUGGAUCUGAUGAAAAUAUGCCUUCCAGUGAGGUAUGUUUAUCGAAAUCGUCAUCAAACGAGGAAACCUUAUCGAAAGCUCCAUCCUUGCAAGUAUCAUGUUCCAAGCACUCAUUUGAUUCAUCUGUUCGCAGACUUCCACCUCCAGUUCCCAAGAGCGACGGCAAUACACAGUGUAUCAAGGCUUCCUCUUCCUUACAUUCCCUCAACAAAUUCUCUGCUGCCAAUAAAGACUUUCGUAAGUCCGCUCUUAAUGUGGAACUUCCCAGUGCUCUGCAGGCAGAAUCAUUCAAAAAAUUGCAAGAAAACCAAAGGCGUGCCAGUACGUCUGAAAGAAAGUUUAGGAGAAGUAAUUCGGCGAGCUCUGGUGAUUCUGAUCGAUCUUAUGGUGAAGGGGGUUCCACGCACUCACUGCCGAUUGAAGCCGACAGUGCUCAAACCUCAUUAAGGACAUCAAAAUCGCUGUCCAAACUCUACUCUAGUAGUUCUGCACCGAAACUCGAUUCAGAAGCCCCUGAUAAGAAUGUAAUUCUUCCUAAUUUUAAUAGUCCAGACAAGACUAAAUCAACUCCCCAUUCAGAAAGACAUUCUCGUGGGUCACCAUGCUCUCGGACUGGUAAACAAGCACCUGAAUUUUCCGACUCUGACUCUGAAACAAGAUCCACCGAAACGUCCUCUUCCUCCAGAAGCAGCAGCGGUGAUGAAGAUGACGAGGGACGUGCCACAAAACGUCAGAAUUCCAGAAACCUCCAACAUCAGCAAACAUCAAUCAGUCCAGCCCCAAAAGUUUCUUCUAGUGACGAAUUGUCCAAAUCUGUAGAUAAGCCACCCAAGCCUCCAGUCAGUCCAAAGGCACAUAAAACAGAGGAGUCAAAAUCAUUCCUGAUGCGGGCUCUUGCCCCUGUCGCAAAUUUGUUUAAAGGGAAGCAUGACAGUAACAAUUCAGAAGGACUUCUGAGAAGUGAUAGCACGCCGUUGUUGAACAAGUGUGACAAAGAUGAUGUGGUUUUGAAAAAACUGAGUGCAGUGGAUAGAUCUAACUCUCAACAAAGCGUCUCAUCCAGAAAACAGAGUACCGGAAGUGGGUCUAAGUCUCAUGAUGAUAGUGACAGCAGCAAGUUUAAUCUUAAAAAUAAGAUCAGAAAGCAGGAAUCAGGAGAGCGAGCUUGGUGGUUGGAUAGUAACCCAAACAUUCCUGAGGGUAUCAGAAGAAUUGAGAGCAGUACCUCAUUUAAGAACUUUAAAGACGCGGAUGUAGACAGCAGCAAGACAGAUGGUGUAAAGGACGCCUCCAGCAAUUGUUCUGUAGACAAUUUACAGGACUCAUGUAGUGGAGGAAAUGGGGUGAUCCAGCAGUCCGAAGAGCUGUCUUUGCGGGGGGCAAAGACGUUACAAAAUAGCGCUUCUCCAAAAACACUUCACGGAGGCGAGAAAGUGGAGGCAAACACCGAAAAGUCUGCAGGCGUGCAGAAAACAUCCAGUGGUGUGUUCCUACAUAAGAACAAAGAUUCAGAAAGUGAUGAUGUCAGGCCUUCUGUGGGAGUAGUCAAAUCGAAGGGAAAAUUUCACAGUCUCAGACAUCAGCAGUCUGGAGAGUUGCCGUGGUGGCUUGACAGCAGUGCGCCUGUUCCUGAGGGCGUUAAGAGGAUUCAGAGUAAUACUUCUGUAAACAAACUCCACGAUUCUGACGCAGAAGUAGAAGGCUCUGAGGUCAAGAAAACUGAAAAGUCCGAUGGACUUCAGAAAACCCCAAGCAGCAUAUCUCUAAGAAAGGGCAUCAGUUCAGAUCGUGAUGCUGGAAAGCCGCCUGUGGGAGAUGAGAAGACAAAUACAAGACUUUACAGACUCCGGCAUCAACAGUCGGGGGAGCUUCCAUGGUGGCUGGACAACAAUGCUCCGAUCCCGGAGGGAGUUCAACGUAUUCAGAGCAAUUCUUCAAUUAAUAAGCUCCAGGACUCUGGCGGAGAAAAGAGUUCAGAUGGAAUUCAGAGAAUAAAAAGCAGUGCAUCAGUAAACAAGCUGCAGGACUCUGAUGGUGAUGGUGGAACAACAAACGGGGUACAGAGAAUACGAAGUAAUUCGUCGGUAAAUAAAUUACAAAGUUCAGAUUCGGAUAGCAAGAAGUCAGGUGAAGGAGAGAAGGUUAAGAAAAAAAUAUACAAAAUUAAGCGUCAGGAAUCGGGCGAGACGUCCGAGUGGUCACAGUCUGAGGGAGUUCAGAGGGUAAAGAGUAGCCAUUCUGUUAAUAAAAUGCAAGAGCCAGAACAGAGAGAGGAAGAGUGUAACACCAGGGGUUUCCCAUACAAGUUGAGGCAUCAGGAGUCUGGAGAGAAGGCUUGGUGGUUGAAUAGCAGGGCAGAUGUCCCAGAAGGGGUUAAGAGAUUUGACAGCAACCAAUCUCUCAGUGAAUACCUCCGGCCAGGGUUAGAAAAGCAAAACAAAAAACCAGAAAGUUCUUCAAGCGACAGUUCUGAGGAAGAUGUCUCUGAUGGAAAUAACAGGCACAAACAGAAGACGUCUGAUAAUGCAGUGCCUAAAUUCCCACUAGUACUUCCUGCUACAGGUUCGCAGAGUGACAGCUUGCAGUCCACGCAGGAGACUGGUAGACGGUCACCUUACGAUAACCUUCAGGAACCACAGCUGAAGGCUACUAAGAGUCAGGCCACUAAACCGAGACCCAAGAAUUUACCCCUGUUUAUUGGCAGUCACACCAACAUUGACGAUAUCUUGGGCACUGCUGCCACUCUGGUCAACCCUGUCAUGGGACUGUCAAGACUUCGCAGAAAGCACCAGAAUCGGCGAACAGCAUCUCCGCGCGAGGAAGAUUCGGCCGCCGAAUUAUCGGACUUCGAGGAGGUGGACCCAGGCCAGGUUCGCAUACACGAAAGGCCAACGACGACUUCGCAGAUCCAGCGUCUCGGGGUCAUCACAGAUGGAACGGGAGUUCGACGUUCUUCAGGCAUGAUAAAGCUGGACGACACUGCUCUUCAGCUGUACAGGGAUGGCGACUAUGGGUCAUACCUCGACCUCGAGGCCUCAAUCAGUGAGCAACAGGAAGAAUUCGACGGCUUCCAGACAAAUCGGAAGAAUUCCAUUGUGCUGCGAACGCAGCUUUCUGUACGGGUCCACACGAUAAUCGAAAAACUUCUUAAUUCUGAGGGUCGUGAGCUCAGGAGGGCCCUCUUCUCUCUGAAACAGAUCUUCCAGGAAGACAAAGAUUUGGUGCACGAAUUCGUUCAGAAUGACGGCCUGGCCUGCCUCAUCAAAGUUGGCUCAGAGGCUGAUCAGAACUACCAGAACUACAUCCUCAGGGCUCUGGGACAGGUGAUGCUGUAUGUGGAUGGAAUGAAUGGCGUGAUGGAGCAUAAUGAGACGGUACAGUGGCUGUAUUCUCUGAUUGCCAGCAAGUUCCGCCUUGUGGUGAAGACAGCCCUCAAACUCCUCUUGGUGUUUAUAGAGUAUGUAGAAACCAACUGCCUCCUCCUUAUCAAGGCAGUUAACGCUGUUGACACGGCUCAUGGUCUGCUUCCAUGGAGUAAUAUUGUGAAGCUCCUGAAAGACUAUGAUGCAGCGGACACAGAGCUCCUGAUCUAUGCCAUGACGCUGGUUAACAAGACAUUAAAUGGAAUUCCAGAUCAGGAUACGUACUACGAUCAAGUUGAUGCCUUGGAGGAGCAAGGCAUUGAGGGGACCAUUCAGAGGUACAUGUCAAAGCAAGGCACGGACCUUGAUCUCCUGCGCCAGUUCCAGAUUUAUGAAGCAGUAUUGCACCAUGAGGAUGGUGAAGAAAAGGGCACUCCACUGAAGCAGCUGGAUGAGACAGUACGCAAAACUCUCAGGAAUAGAAAAUCACUGACAGAAUCGAUGACGGCAGAGCGACGCAAGUCCCGGCGGCACUCUACAGGCACCUCACCCAUGGCCUCGUCCCUCGGUGGUUCAGUGCAGAUGAAUAAUUCAUCUCUCCAAACAUCAACUGUAGCAGAUGAUGAUGAGUCAGAAUCCUCCAGCUCCAGAUCAUCACCAGGCCCUGAACUCAGUGGUUCUUACAAGGAGGGCAAAGUGGGUGAUGCAGGUGUUACACCUGCCCUAAGACGGCGGCGUGAGCGAGCAGAGAGACAGCGCAGUUUCAUUCGUGAACAGCAGGAGACGGCCGCUACCCUCAAGGCAACCCUUGGUAGCCCCGAUGAAGGGGUUGUCGAUGAAAACCAGAGACUGUGUAAGAGGUUAGGGAAUGGCACCUCUGACAAUGGAGACUCUCGGUCCUCUAACAAACUUCAGCAGCUAAACUGCAUCCCCAGUCGCAAAGACCUGACACCCCUUAUGAAUGCCGUGAACAAGCUGCAGGAUGCCACUUCGGGACCGGAAACACCGGAAGGGAACGGAUUCCUGAAAAAACCCUGGGUACUAUCCAUGAUGUAUGGGAAGAACUCUGCAGAAGAGGAGGGUGAGGAUGCACUAGUAACUGGUGAAAAUGAACAAGAUGACUCUGCAACCACAUCAGAAAGGAAGAAAAUUCUGCAGUUGAAAAGAGAAAAUACAGUGAAGGAUCUCACUCAAAAAUUAUCCGGUCAGAAUAUAAUUCACAGCCCAGUUGAAGAUGUGAAUAACAAAAGCAUAAACAGGAUAGGGGAUAUGACGGGGCUCAUCUCUAAAGCAAUGGAGGGUCUUGCAAAGUCAAAGUCAAAGCAAGAUGUUGUAAAGAGCCCAACAAAUGAGAAUGUACCCAAGGUGACAGAAGUGAAGAAAUCUGAAACAGAACUCCACUGGGAAGAGCUGGUACACUCUAUGAAGCGCCCUCUCUCGCUGUGUGAUCUGGACUUUACUGACCUCAGAAGUGAUGAUGAGGUGGACAUCCUGUCACCUGCCAAUAUUUCAAAUGGUGGUCCGCCCCCUCCUCCGCCUGUUCCCGUGGCUCCUGGCAUGCCUUCCACACGAGGAGGCACAGCUCCUCCCCCGCCACCACCUGCCACCAGGUUUGGCACCGUAGCACCACCUCCAAUGCCUCCCUCAGUGAUUAGCCCUACCGUGUUUGGUGUCAGUCUGCGUUCUCAACGCAGCAGCCUCAAUAGCAUAUCAUCCCCGGACGAAAGUAAGACACUGACAUUAACACCAGUCAAGAAGACCAAAAAGACGGUGAAACUGUUCUGGAAGGAAGUACGGGAUGACCCUAUCAUCCUAGCCAAGUUGCAGCGAACGGGGAUGAUAUGGGAUGAACUGAAUCCGGUCAAUGUUGACACUCAGAAGUUGGAGCAUUUGUUUGAGUCUAGAGCCAAGGAUCUCAUUACCAAGAAACAACAAGAAAUGAAUAAGAACAAGGAGAUCAUUGUGUUAGACCACAAGCGUUCAAAUGCCAUCAAUAUUGGUAUGACGAAGUUGCCACCACCACGUUCUAUCAAGACUGCAAUUCUCAAGAUGGAUUCAACAGUUAUGAAUCGGGAAGGAAUAGAGAAACUGUUGACAAUGCUGCCAACAGAGGAGGAGAGGUCAAAGAUCCAGGAAGCGCAGGUGGCAAAUCCAGAUAUGCCACUUGGAAGCGCUGAACAGUUCCUGCUUACUCUGGCUUCCAUCUCUGAACUUCCUGCACGCCUAAAGUUAUGGGCCUUCAAACUUGACUUCGAGAACAGUGAAAAAGAAAUAGCAGAGCCAUUAAUGGAUCUAAAGCAGGGAAUGGAGACCCUGAAAACGAACAAGACAUUCCGUGGGAUCCUCAGUACGUUGCUGUCAAUAGGAAUCUUUCUAAAUGGCAAUGAGGUUAAGGGGUUCCAAGUUGAGUAUUUGGCUAAAGUACCAGAGGUUAAGGAUACGGUACACAAGCACUCCCUUCUACACCAUUUGUGUCACAUGGUAAUGGAGAAGUUUCCUGAGUCAACUGAUCUGUAUUCAGAGAUUGGGGCUGUGACCCGUGCGUCAAAGGUGGACUUCGAUGAACUUUCUUCCAACAUUCUCAAGAUGGAACAAGAGUGCAAAGCAUCCUGGGACCAUCUUAAAGUCAUUGCUAAACAUGAUGGCUCUACUAUGAAAGCCAAGAUGUCGGACUUCCUAGCAGACUGUGCUGAGAGAAUUAUUGUGCUGAGCAUUGUUCAUCGUCGUGUGAUGAAUAGGUUUCACAAGUUUCUGCUUUGGCUGGGCAUUCCACUGCAUCGCGUGGCAGAUACAAAGCCCAAUGAGUUCUGUCGCAUUGUGUCAGAAUUCUCGCUAGAGUACCGCACGACACGAGAACGUGUAUUGCAGCAGUUGGAAAAGAAGGCAAACCACCGUGAACGUAAUAAGACGCGUGGAAAGAUGAUUACUGAGGUAGUAAAAUUUCGUACAAAGGAAGAUCGAGCAGAUGCAGAACUGAGGCAGCUUUUGGGCAGUGACAUGUCCGAUGCAGAGAGCAUCCAUGGCACCUUGCCUUGGCGGCGACAGCGCAGGGACCUGGGACGCACAGUGUUGAGUCCACUUGGGCAGCAGGAAACGGUGAACGGUAAUCUUACGGAUGGUGAUGAUGAAAUUUUGGAGAGUCUUGUGAAGACAGCAACCAAAGCUCCAGGCACUCGUACGACCCCACGUGAGAGGAAACGUACACGUCACGCUGACCGAAAAUCCUUAAAGCGGUCACGAACGCGGGAGAAUAACCCACUGGAGGGUGGUAGGGAGUCACCUUAGUACUGUGUGCGGAGAACGCUGAAAAAUGGCCUUUCUGAUGAAGAGAAAAAGCUCCUGUCAGCAUACAUCAAGGGUUACUGAACCGGAGAACUCUAAGUCUGUGUACAAAGACUGUGAUACGCAGCAAAUGACUGCUGUCUGUCCGCGCUAUACAAUUGUUUGGGCGGGUGGCUGUUGUGAUAUUACUCGUGCAAUGAGUGGACUUAAAAGAUGCAUUCUGCUCUUCGUACGCUGUCGCGCAGAAGCAUGAUAUUCUACCAUCGGUGUCUCUUUGAAAUCAACACGAAAGAACCUCUGUGUGUGUUGAUGACACCACCGUUGCACACUGAUGUAAGGUGUGUUCCUAGUCUGUUUCUACCAGUGACUUCUGUAUAUGCAGAAUUAGAAUUAAUUUCUUAUAAGUUAACGUUGUGUUACGUUGUUAAGUAUGUGCUCUGUAUCAUGUAUGGUAUAUAUUCUGCAUUAUGUCCAUUGCAAGGAAUGCAAAAUCUUCAGCUGAUACAGUACCACUUUCUGGUAUCAGUAUUUUAAAGAGCACGACAUUCAGGUGUCUGAUAUUUUUGAGGUUUCGGUUUCGUAGCAAACCAAGCAUGAUCCUUUUAUUGGUUAUCUGGUGAAUGAUAACAUCACAAGCACUGAAUAUUAUGUGAAUAUUAGAUGAAAUGAAGUGCUUCGUAGACGAGAUUUUGUACGUGACGAUGACAGCGUUGUUAAGACUUGUAGAUAAAAUUGUAUCUUUGUUUUUAUGCUGAAAUCAUAAUUUUGUACAAAUGAAUAUAUUAAACUUUGUUUUCCUCAACCCAGAAAGAUGAUGUAUGUAACUUUGCAUGCCACGAAGGUCGACUGGUCUAGCACCGAUUUCCUGGUGGCCGUCCUAACGCUGCCGCGUUUGGAAGGUAUGACGGCUGCAAGUUGAGUAUGUCGCUGCUGGUGUGCAGGUGAUGUAGGCCUCAAUGAGUCAUUAAAUGCUCUUGAAACAGUUAAA